AUGACAGAUUUUAAGAAUCUAAUCGACCAAAAAGUUUCUCAAACAUUUUAUAUAGUCUCCCAGCAAUCAAAAUACUCCCCUAAAAAAUCCUCCUUAAAAAGCCAUAGAAAAUCCAAAAUUCCUCCAAAUAUCCCAAAAUCUACUCUAACUCCUAAAUCUAAUCAAGACCAAUCUAUAAUAUCUCAAUUUUUAUCAUCUAAAAGAGAAAAAUCAAAGCCUAGGCACAGCACAUCUAUGAUAUCUCAAAGACACGAAGAUAACGACCCAUACAAAGCUCAUAAAAAGUUAGCUUUAGCCCAACAUCCAUUAUUAGUUGAAUGCAUUAAAGGCUGAUGAAACGUUAUGGACCCUCACGGUGAAAAUGAAGACCAAAGAGAGUCAGGCACUCGAGGCUUUAUCACAAAAGACCAAUAUGUAGACUUCAAUUUACGAGUCCAAAAAACAAUCCAAAAUGAAUUUUAUUAUGAAGAAGCCAAAGAAAUUGCUGAAGAAGACUGAAACAUUGACGCCGAAGAAUGGUAUCAAAUGGAAGCAAAAGCUGUAAAUUUUGACAAAUUUUUGGAUUUUUUGUGUGAAAUUGCUGAAAGCUGGAAUGAAAUUACUAGCAUUGAAGGGGUUUUGGUAAGUAUAAAUGCGAUUAUGCUGAAUAUUUCUUAUGGAGUGCAUCUGAAUACAUCAUUAUUUAAAGAACUAAAUUCAAUUGAAAAAUUACCUCACUCCCCCCCCCCCCCCUCCGUGAGCGAACAAAAAAAUUUUGUUCGCUCACGGAGGGGGGUUAAUUUUUUUUUUUUAAAAAAAAUUUAUAUAAAAAUUUUAUAAAAAAUAUUUUUUUCGAAAUUUAAAAAAAUCCUAAUUUGCAAAAAUUGGGAAGCAAAUAUUAAUUUAAUUUGCAAAAUUUUAUGUUUUAAAACGCAAUUUGUUUAAAAUUAAACAGAAUUAGCUCUAGAUUUCAUUAUACUAAUUAUCACUUAUAUAUCAAAAUUUUUUUCCAUUAAAAAUUUUUUCUAUUAAAAAAAUUUUUGUUUCACUCACGGGAGGGUGGGUUUUUGGUCAAAAAAUGGCGAUUUUUCUAAUGGUUUUGUUCGCUCACGGAGGGGGGGGGGGGGAGUCAGCAGUUUCAUGUAGAAAUAGACCAAAUUCAGCAGUCAAGUAAGCAGCAAAUCAGCUUGGAAUUUAUCAAAUGGUACCAAACUAAUUUUUUGGAGCCAGAAUCAAUAAGAAAAGAAGUGCAAGGGAGACUCAUGAAAAUUUUCCCUUAUGAAGCUAGAAUUAAUGAUAUUUGGAUAGAACAAGCUGGCUAUAACCAAACAGCAGUUUUAUUGCAGUGCACUACUAGACUAGAAAGCUUGUUAAACCAAAUCAAAAAGCAGCCAGUCCUGCAAUUUUUAGAAAAAUCAAAGCCAUUGCAAAAUAAGACUUCGACUUCUUUUAGAAGCACAAGAUAUCAGUCUUCCAAAGUGCCAACAUUGCCUAUUUUAACCCAAAACCCAGAAGAAGAGCCAACUGUGUAUUCAAAUCGAAUUUCUUUUACUAGAAAAGUAAAUUUAUCAUUACUUGGCCAAUCGAUAUCAGCAAGACCUCCUGGCACUGGCCAUAUAAGCCAAGAUACAGUCAAUCAAGAAACUUAUCCUAUGUCAAAUUCCCAAAAUUCCAAAAGAGAAGUAAAUAUUUCACUACCUAGCAGACUGCACACAAUAGGCAAUAACCCAGUUUCAGAAACCCCUGAGCUUACACAUGUCGGAACGAAUUCUCAAUUAUUUGGAGAUACUCCUUUAUCUAAUAGAUCUUCUAAAAGAAUCGUUUUUACUCGAAGCCGAUCUCUUUUAGAAGAACAAGCUAUAGAAGACUUAGAAUUUAAAAAAAUCACAAGGAAAUUUUCCCUUGACGAUUCAGCACUUUUCGAAGACUUUCCUGACCCAGAAUACUCACGAAAUAUCAAUUAUAAAAAAAGUGACGUCAAAUAUCACAAAAUCAACAAAAAAUGAAGGACAGGCAAAUAUUUCAGAGAAAAUUCUAUAACACCAGAAACCGGGCUUGGAAAUGUUAAUAAGAAAAGUCCAGAUUUGUUUAUACAAGAAAAGCGUAUGAUUGCACAGCAGAUAAUAAGCAGAAAUAAUUCUCCUGAUAAAGAAUGCCAAGCAGAGGAAAAACACAAUAUUUCUCAACAGGAAGAAGAAAAAUCGCAGGUAAUUGAAAAGAAAACAUAUGAAAGAUCAAUUAAAGAUGAAACUGAUAGAGAAGUUGGGUUUAAGGUAACUGUAAGAGUUUCACCUUCACAAAAAAGAAAUCAAUUUUCAGCUCCUGUAAGUGAGCCUAUAUCAAGACCUAGAGAGACAUAUAGAAGCAAUGGUGACAACUCAGUGAAAACGGCUCCAAUUAAUACGGGAAGAAUAACAAAUAGGACUACUUUAACUGCAAAAGUGAUCCCAGCAGAAUAUACAUUUGAGGAUUAUGCUCAUUUACUUCAGCAGCCAAAAAAACCUGAAAAAAUGGUAUUUUAUGACAAUUUAGAAUUUUUUUGUGCCUUGAAUAAAGCCAAACAUGAGUUUAAUAAAACUUACCAAAGCGAAUUUAUUAGGAAUUAUAAGAUGAAAAAUGAUGAUUAUAGGUCAAGAAGAGACGAAUUAGAAGGGGUUAUUACUGAUCAAGAUUGAAGAGAAUUCAUUCAAAGAUUGGAAAAUUUGCUGAAUUUGACGAAAAAAAGAAGAAGGAUGAGGAGAGCUAGGAGAAAAAGAAGAGGGAUGAACUUAAUUCUUCCGAAAUUCAUAAAUGGUACAAAGCAGCCAAAUCUUCAAAAAAAUCGGCUAUGGAAAAGCGUAUUUAUCAACGCCAAUUCUAAAAAUGCAGAUAUCUCCAAAAACAACAAUUAUUUAUACCAUAUUCACAAUCUCGGCGAAGGUAAAUUCACAUCUUUGCCGCCUCCUUUACAAAGAGUUGUGAAUGAAACCACCAAAAUACCUCGACCUCCUACCUCAGCCCGUCCCAAAAACCUCACUAAUAGGAAAUUUAGUCCAGCAAGAUAUAAAUCCCCAGAAAAUUUGUAA